GAAGGGACGCCUUCCCGGAGCGGGCCGGCUGCGGCUAGGGAAGUGCGGUCCGCGCGUUUACUGGGGGCCUCAGCCCUCCGCGCAUUGUCUCCCGGGCCGGGAGCCGACCGCUUCCUCCAGCGAGCUGAGACCUCCGGGGACUGGGGUGUUUGAUUUCUCUUGAAAGACUCCCAUCUGGCUGUCGUGUAUGGUGGAGUGUUUCCUUCCUCCUGGUCUGGACGGGCCAUUCAAGGGGCUGCUUUUUCUGAGUGGUGGGCUCGGCGCCUGGUGCAGCUUGUCCCCCAUGAGGACCAAGGGAGUUUAUUCUCCAUCAUGCCCAGCAAGGGUGAGCCUGUCGGCCACGGACUGCUACAUUGUGCACGAGAUCUACAACGGGGAGAACGCCCAGGACCAGUUCGAGUACGAGCUGGAGCAGGCCCUGGAAGCCCAGUACAAGUACAUCGUGAUCGAGCCCACGCGCAUCGGUGACGAGACGGCGCGCUGGAUCACCGUGGGCAACUGCCUGCACAAGACCACCGUGCUGGCGGGCACCGCCUGCCUCUUCACCCCGCUGGCGCUGCCCUUGGAUUACUCCCACUACAUCUCCCUGCCAGCCGGCGUGCUCAGCCUGGCCUGCUGCACCCUCUACGGGAUCUCCUGGCAGUUCGACCCCUGCUGCAAGUACCAGGUGGAGUACGACGCCUACAAACUGUCGCGCCUGCCCCUGCACACGCUCACCUCCUCCACCCCGGUGGUGCUGGUCCGGAAGGACGACCUGCACAGAAAGAGACUGCACAACACGAUAGCGCUGGCGGCCCUGGUGUACUGUGUAAAGAAGAUCUACGAGCUCUGUGCCGUAUGACCGUGGCCGGCGGGGCACGCGCUGCCGAGACGGCGGGGCCUGGGAAGGCGCUGGCUCACCGUCUGUUCUUCUAAAGGAAUCACAGGUCAAAAGUGUACCAGGGGUUUUCAGCUCACUGCACUAAGAUGCGGGUCUCCAAGACCACCGGGGUCUGAGGCUGUGGAGGCCGCCUGGGCAGCAGGCUGUGGUGGAAGCAGCACCGCCGCGGGGGUGAACGCGCGGGGGGGUCUGAGAGUGUGGUUAACUGUACCAUCCAGAGCCAGCCGGGAGCUGCUGACCAUUAAAAGUAUGAGAAUUUCAA